AUGAAUUCACAGCAGCAUUAUAUGUAUGUCAGGGGAGCAAAUGAUAACACUGCAAUCUCUCCUAGGAAUAAUGAGUUCCUAGAAAACGAGCAAUAUGAAUAUAUUUUGAGGUGCAAGUACUGCAAGAAUCCUAUUCGCGAGGAUAGUAAUGUGUACAUGUUCCUUGAUAACAAAUUCUGUUCUGAGACAUGCCGUGACAAUGCCAUCAUGAUGUAUGAGCAAAGGCAUUAUUAGAACUCGUUUUCCUGUACACUAUACCUCUUUUCUGUAUUCCUAUGGAAUGACCGUUUACAGCUGCAGU